CGCACCACGUCAGGCGGACAGAUUGCCUGCGUCUGCCAGUCCCGCCACGGAUUCAUUUGGGAUCCUCAAACAGAUGAGCCCGUAGAGACGGGGGAUCAAGGCAGCCUAUUAGAGCCGAUUGCCUGCUUCGGGGACUGCCAGCCUUCCAGGCCUGGCGACGGGGGAGGGAGGGGAAAGACGACGGAGCGCCGCUGCGGGAAGACACUGAGGCGAGAGCUAGACUCAUACCCGCCCCCCCCCCCAACUCCCACCUUACAGCGCAGGCUUUGAAAGCUGCUCCCCCAUCUGAAUGGAAACUCAGAACCGCCUGGCGGCGUGUUCCUUCUCGCCCAGCGCUGCAAUCCAUGCCGAGGGGAAGGUAGUGCGAGCCCGCGCCAGCGCCCAGCUCCCGGGACAGGGCCGGCAAUGCUGCUGAGCAGAACUUGACCGAGCCCCUUCCUCGCUGCUCAGUGGAAGCGAUGCUGCAGCGCACAGCCAGCGCUUCCCCGGCUCUCCUUCAAGCUGAAGGUUACCCACCCGCGCAGCCAGCCCCAACCCUGUGAGCGCCGCGCCUCGAUUCCCGGCUCCGGCUGCUUGGCGGCGCGCAGGGCAACGACCGGGCCGCCCGCGCCGGGGCGCACUGCACCAGCGGCUUCGGCUUGGUGGAUGUGUAUGCAUGAGUUCUGCACCGAAUGGGCGCAAAAAGCGCCCCAGCCGGUCCACCCGCUCCUCGAUCUUCCAGAUCAGCAAGCCCCCGCUGCAGAGCGGGGAUUGGGAGCGCAGGGGCAGCAACUCCGAGAGCGCCCACAAAACCCAACGAGCCCUGGACGACUGCAAGAUGCUUGUCCAAGAGUUCAACACGCAAGUGGCCCUGUACCGAGAGCUGGUCAUUUCUAUCGGGGACGUCUCCGUCAGUUGCCCCUCACUCCGGGAGGAAAUGCACAAGACAAGAACCAAAGGCUGUGAAAUGGCUCGUCAGGCACACCAAAAACUUGCUGCCAUCUCGGGCCCGGAAGAUGGUGAGAUCCACCCAGAAAUCUGUCGGCUUUAUAUCCAGCUGCAGUGCUGCUUGGAAAUGUACACAACAGAGAUGCUCAAAUCCAUAUGUCUGCUGGGGUCUCUUCAGUUUCACCGAAAAGGAAAGGAGCCUGGUGGGGGAACCAAGAGUUUGGAUUGCAAAAUUGAGGAGAGUACUGAAACACCUGCUCUAGAGGACUCCUCAUCAUCCCCUGUAGAUAUUCAGCAACAUUCCUGGCAGGUUUCCACAGACAUCGAGAACACUGAAAGAGACAUGCGAGAAAUGAAAAACCUUUUAAGCAAACUCAGGGAAACUAUGCCUUUACCAUUGAAAAAUCAAGAUGACAGCAGCCUUCUAAAUCUAACUCCCUACCCCUUGGUUAGAAGACGGAAGAGAAGGUUCUUUGGGCUGUGUUGUCUGGUCUCAAGCUAGGCAACUCCUCCUGGAAACCCACCAUUGCGAAGACCUGAAAAUAUCACAGAACCUGAGGACCUCCAGACAGCUGAACCACAAUUAUUGGUUUUUGACUAUGUUUUCUAUGCUUCCUUAUUACUUUUAUUCGCCUCCCCCUACCCUUUUAAAUGAUUUUACAUUUGAAAGCAGCUGCCGUCAAGGGAAAAAAAAAAAAAA